GAUGCCAGCCAAAGUUGCAGGAAAGAAAGGCGAGAAAAAAGCCGGAAAGGCUAAAGCCAUUGCUGAUGGAAAGAAGAAGAGGAGAGGAAAGAGAAGGGAAAGCUAUGCUAUCUACAUCUACAAGGUGUUGAAGCAAGUUCACCCUGACACUGGUAUCUCCAGCAAAGCCAUGGGCAUCAUGAACUCGUUCGUUAACGACAUCUUCGAGCGCAUCGCCACCGAAGCUUCCCGCCUUGCCCACUACAACAAGAAGUCGACCAUCAGCUCACGCGAGAUUCAGACUGCCAUCAGGCUGCUUCUGCCCGGUGAACUGGCUAAACACGCCGUAAGUGAAGGAACCAAGGCUGUGACGAAGUACACCAGCAGCAAGUAAACUCACUUUGUGGGUUUCCCGCCAAAACCAACGGCUCUAUUAGGAGCCACCAAAUAUUAUGAAAGUCAAUUAUUAACGCAAUACGAGCUUUAAAAAAUGAUAAUGUUUCCCCUAGUACCAACCAUUAUAGUUCCGAUCAAGUUUAAGUCUGCUUUGUACGUCAGUUCGGUUUUUAAACGGACCGCAGGAACUGUAUUCUUGACGAAACGAAACAAAAAAUUUCAAAUGAGGAAGCACAGCAAACAUGAGUCAUAGAUGGACGGGGAAAGGAAGGGAAGAUUAUUGUCCAUGAUUCAUCUUACGAAAUGUCACACUGAACAUUAAUACUUUGAAGAGUCAGUGUUUAUUUAAUUUUUUCUUUAAAUUGACAAGAGUAACUGCUCGAUCACUUAUUGUCUGACCAAACGCUGGUUUAUUCCAGAAACAAGAUCGAUGUAGAGUGGAUCUCCGGAGUUCAACGCUUUCCUUAGCGACUUACCUACUCGACGCGGCUGGAUUUUAACGCAAAUAUGUGCAAGUAAUGAUUGAAUGAGCUACGAGAAACAGGCGGCCUGACUUAACCUGAGAAGUAGAGUCAGACAUUUACCUCACCCAAUUCUUUCAUUUUAGCGUUUUACAAAUCAUUAAUUAGCUGUUAUCUAAAAAGCUCUUAUCUUCAAGCGUGCUCCAUCUAAACAAUCGAGAGGUAGCCUGUGAUGCUCAUGAUCUUGGAUGCGCU